GGUCAAAAUCGAUUCGCACUGCAACAAUCAGGAUGAGUACCAGCUCAAUGUUUACGCGGCGUGUGUGCUACGGCUCAUAGCGCGUCUCGGAGAGGAUGACCGCAUCAAAAAUGAAUAUGACAACAAUGUUUUCCUCAUGGCAGUGUUCUUCUCUGAAAAAUGGGAAAUAAAUCGCUACUUUUUCUUCAUGGAUGAUGAUGAUAAAGUCUGCCGUGAUCUGAAAACUUUCGAUAUGGGGGAUCCUUUUCAAUUAACGCAUUUCCUGCGUGAGUUCUACAAUUAUGCAUUCUACAUCGGAAAAGGAGGAGCCCUGAGUCCAGAUAUGGAACAAAUUUCGAAGAAGAUUGUCGGAAGUAUCAAAAAGAGUUUUCAUACUAAUGACCACUUGAACACCGGGGAUAGUGACAAACGACGUAGUCAGCGAGGGGGUCCGGGUUCAAAGCAAUAUAGUGCCAUGGAUAUCCGCAACGUGAUGACUGACGCUCUCAAAGGAACAUGUUUCCAGUUACAAGUAGAUCCCAAGGGUUUUGCCCCCCUACAUGAGUUACCGGAUCAUAUAGCAGAGGCCAAAGACUCCAACGGAAAAUGACUUAUCGUGAAGCUUGUCCACA